GUUUGAUAAAUAAGCAUUUUUUGAUAAUAUACAAUAUGGAAUGUGAAGAAGAUACAACAAACUUACUAUUGGAAACGAUAAGAAUAGAAUUGGUUUCAAUUAUUGAAGAAGGUUUGGAAGAUAAUUGUGAAAAAACUGUAAUUGACCUUAAUACGGAGAAAAUUACGGAAAUAAAAUCUUCCUCCCGUAACACGAGUGAACUUUGUACGCCCAGUACUAGCUGUCGCAAGGACAUAACACCAAAACUAGAUAGUUCUUUGAGAAGUUCAGUUUUGGAUACUUCAAAUAUUAAUACCAUUGAUGAUGAUAUACAUAAAAUGCAAUACCAACUGGAUGAAAGCUGCAAACUAUUUCAAACUAUAGGAGAGCGUUUUGAAAAUAUUAAUUUUGGUUGUUUAAAAAAUCGCAUUAAGGAUUUGCAUUUGAAUGAACGUAGCUCUGAUUCGCUAAAGACAAUUGUCAAUGAUUUAAAACAUUCAUUUGACGAAAAAUACAUGGAAAAUCGUCUCAAUGACUUGACCAUAGAAGUUACAUCAAAAUUUCGUGAUCAUCCUGGAGAAUUUGGCGAUAUUCCGGAAAUAAGCGAGUUUUUUCGUACAUGUACUAAGUUGGAACAAGGCGUGGAGAAAUUGCGAAAGCAACGAGAUGAUUGUAUGUUUUUACAAAAACGUAUGACACGAGUAGCAGAAGCUUCAUACGAACGUGUGAAUGAUAUACAAAAAAAAAUUAUCCGAGAAGAAGGCAAUAUAAUAGAAGAAAAUAUUUAA